ACCAUAAACCCUAACAAUCCCAAAGCUCACAACUUUCCGAUCAGCCAUGGCGAUCAUCUCCGAUAUCCAAGAGGAGCAGCAACAGAAGUCUCCGCCGCAAGCCAAAUCGGCGUCGGGUUCGGGUUCAUCGUCGUCGGGGGCGAGAGUGGCGGCGACGUCGUUCAGCACGAAGUUCGAUCGGAACAACACGUCGGGGUUUCUGGAGAAGGCGCUGGAGUUUCUGGCGCAGGAGAGCGAUUUCAUGCGGCGGCCGACGGCGGAGAGGGAUCUGGUGGCGAUUUUCAAGGCGGUGAGGGAGAGGGAGAGGAAGAAGAUGGAGGAGGAGAGGAAGAAGAGGUGGGCGGAGGAGGAGGAGGAGAAGAAGAAGAAGGCGGAGGCGGAGGUGAAGGCUAAGGAGGAGGCGAAGGCGGAGACGAAGGUGGUGGCGGAGGAGAAGAAGGAGAAGGAGGCGGAGGAGAAGAAGGUGGAGGAGAAGAGUGGCAAGAGAGUUCCAAACAAAGGGAAUGGGCUUGAUUUGGAGAAAUACUCAUGGACCCAGAGUCUGCAGGAGGUUAAUAUAAUCAUCCCAGUGCCUGCUGGAACUAAAUCAAGGGAUAUUGUUUAUGAGGCAAAGAAGAACCGUCUGAAGUUUGGAUUGAAGGGUCAGCCUCUUAUAAUUGAUGGGGAGCUCUAUCAGUCUAUCAAGCCUGAUGAUUGCUUAUGGAGCAUAGAGGAUCAAACUGCUGUCUCUAUUCUCCUGACCAAACACAACCAACUGGAGUGGUGGAAAGCUCUGCUGAAAGGUGACCCUGAAAUUGACACUCAAAAAGUUGAACCAGAGCCUAGCAAACUGUCGGACCUAGAUUCAGAAACACGUCAAACUGUUGAGAAGAUGAUGUUUGACCAGCGGCAGAAGCAGAUGGGCCUUCCAACCAGUGAGGAGAUGCAGAAGCAGGAGAUCUUGAAGAAAUUUAUGUCUGAGCAUCCAGAAAUGGACUUCUCAAGGGCCAAGAUCCAGUAAAUGGGGUAAUGUGGUUGUGCUGACUGAUUUUGUUUGGCUUAGAAGUUUGGUGUGCUCUGACUGUGGAACAUAUUUUGAGCUCAGCUUUGCUUAUUUUGUAGUGUUAAUGUAAGUAGAAGAGCGUUCAAAUGGAUUGUAUGGAUUGCUUAAUGGUUAAACUAUUUGCUUUUAAGCUAGCACAAUUCUCUCUUU